AUGGCUGAUACAUGUGAUACCAUCAAUGGAGUCGCAGGGUCUGAACCACUCAGUCAACGCGACGUGGCUCUCCGCGUCCUCGAUCAAUGUCUCUCGGAGCGCGAAACCAUUUCGUCGAAACCGAUCGUCAACAUCUUAGCGCCAGAUGUGACCACGCGAAUACGGCAGAGCCUUUCAAGACCUGGCCGCUCACCACUUUCUCUUGAUACAUUGUUAGACGCUGCCGAUGUUAUUUUCAGACACCGCGUGAGAAUGGACCACCCACGCUUUUUCGGGUUCAUCCCGUCCCCGGCAAACCAUGCAUCUUGGCUGGGUGAGAUUCUGAACUCGGCCUAUAACACUCAUGCUGGGAGCUGGAUGCAAUCCUCUGGCCCCAGUGCUGUGGAGAUGGAACUGCUCAACUGGAUGGCAUGCGAAAUCGUGGGGUUCCCCACUACCGCAGGCGGAUGUUUUGUGAGCGGGGGCUCCAUGGCAAACCUGACGGCACUAACUGUGGCUCGAGACCAGAAGUUGAAGUUCGAGGAUCGACCUCGUGCCGUCGUCUAUCUAUCUACGCAGACGCAUUCCAGUGUCGUGAAGGGAUUGAAAGUCUUGGGCUUCCAUGAGGACCAGAUACGGAUGAUUGCCUGCGAUUCGGACUUCCGUAUCAGCGUCAGCGAUCUAAAAGAUGCGAUAACGGUUGAUCGAAGUAGCGAAAAGAUACCCUUCUUGCUUGUUGGCAGCGCUGGUACCACUAAUACAGGGACUAUAGAUCCGCUGCAGGAGCUUGCCGACCUCUCUGUCAAGGAAGGUUUAUGGUUCCACGUGGACGGAGCGUACGGAGCGUCUGCACUCCUAUCCCGAUCACAACGCCCACUUUUCUGUGGCAUUGAGCGAUGCGAUAGUCUGUCGUGGGACGCUCAUAAGUGGUUGUUCCAAACGUACGGGUGUGGCAUGGUACUCGUUCGCGAGCGCAAGAUGUUGACCAGUAGUUUCAGCAUGAGUGCCGAAUACGUGCAAGAUGCGAUGGAGACCGAAGAGACACUUCCAAACUUCUGGAACUACGGCAUUGAACUGACAAGGCCGGCUCGAGCGAUGAAGUUGUGGUUUUCUCUGCAAUUUGAAGGGCUUGAUAAGAUUGAAAGCCAGAUUGAGCAUGGGGUUGAGAUGGCCAAACUGGCUGAGCGGACUUUGCAAGGUCUUUCCGAUUGGGAGGUACUGUCUCCUGCACAACUCGGGAUUCUUUGCUUCAGAUAUAGACCUGAUAAGCCUGGACUAGCUAGUUUGGAUGCGUUGAACCAAAAGAUCUCUCGGGCUGCCAUCGAGGAGAAUCUGGCGGCCCCAUUGACGACCAGACUAAACGGCGUUCUAACAUUGAGGAUCUGUUGUAUUCACCCUGACUUGGAGGAAGAUGAGAUGACGAGAAUAAUUCACGGCUUGGACAGGAUUGCGCAACGUCAGCCUGAGCCAGAGACUACCAAUGGAGGCUAA